AUCUGACCUAGGCUGCACUACUGUCCUCCACCCGUUGCUCGAGCCUGCAUCAAUUACUGUGCAAUAAGACCAGGGUUGAAGCCCGCCCGAGCCUGCGGGCCUUACCGGUGUGCCCGCCACUGUUCGACGGAUUGUCUGAGUGGACGGAGGGGAGGAGGGGGAGGAAACUUUUGAUCUUUUGAGUGGUGAGGGGUUCUCGAUGGCGUGGUGGUGGGUCUCAGCUUCGUUAUAUUGGGCGACGGAUCGGGCGAACGGCGCAGGUUGGCGGGAGGCGGACAAGUCUGAAGAGCGUUUGGAUUGCAUCCGGUCCUUCGAGAUGCAACGGAAUCGGUCGUACUGUAGGUUUUCCCAAAAUUUCUGGCUACAUCAUUAUCAUAACGAAGGUAAAUUUGGGUCGGAAUACGAAGUUUUGGGAGCACGAGCCGUCCAUCCACCUUCACAGAAAUAUUCAUAUCUCGUCCUUGACGUCCGCGCUUUAGAUCCCAUUUUUCCUUUCUCAACGUAAUUAAGAAUCAAAUCUCGAAACUUUGCAACAAGACGAAAUAUAUAAAAAACGCAGACCCGAGAGACUGGAAAACAGCUCAAAAACUUUGAACGAGGGUAGAAGAUGACCCAUUAGAAGGUUCCAGGAAUCAAGCCGGUCGGCUCAUGUGACCACUCCCACCAGUUCCGCUGGCCACCGAAGUUUCAAUGCUGAUUUAGAUCUCCCUCUAGAUAUUUAAAUAAGCAAAUUACAUCAGGCACAAAUAUUUCUCUAUUCUUCUCUUCUCCUUGGCCACCCCAAUACCCUGCCUUCACACCGUUCGGUCCCUCCCGUUCUCCCUCUCGCUGCAACCUCCGGGGUGGAGUUCUUGCAGUGAACCGAUGAGCCGUGUCUGAUAGAUCAUAUCAUGAUUCACUCCCUUCGGAGGAGACAAGGGGUGGUGUCGUGCUCGUGGGUCAUUGUGGUGUUUCUUAUGCAACUGGUCUUCCUUCACUCUACCAUGCUCGCGGAGGACGCUCGUGCUUCUGCCUUCUUGGACUUGGCUCCCCUUUCAGCUGCUCCGAGCGGACCGGUUAUGUACGACAGCCGUGACAACCACGAGAACGAAGAUGACUUGGUCGGAGCGGAUAAGAGGGAGGUCCCUACCGGCGCAAAUCCCCUUCACAAUAGAUGAAUAUGCUUUCUGCAAGUCUACCCCUUACUCCCAUGUAUGUUAUAUUGCCUUCUUUAACUUGCUGCCAUAGAUCGAGAUAAAAGAGGAGAGUUGGCUGUAAUGCAUACCAGGAGAGGUAUCUUUGAGAGAAAGGUGACACCAAGGUUGGUGAAGACUGAGGGAGAUCAACAGUAGCUGAAUCUUUUAAAUGGGAUUCUUCACCUCUUCUAUGUGGACUCCUGCUUUUUCUUCUGGCUAGAUGGUGCCUUCUAGCUUUGUUACCAUCUACGAGUCAUUUGUUGAAUGUGGUUUCCGUUUCUCCUUUCGCUUUUCUUCAUUUUUCUUGGGCGAAGAAGUAUGAGAAAAAUAAAAAAAAAGCUUCAUUUCUUUGUU